AAAUUCACAUUCACCAACAUUGAUGCAAAAAGGCCGACACGCGAAUUUUCAUUCACAGUUCACUAUGGAAAUGAAAUCUACACACUAUUGGAUUGCGACCUGCAAUUGGAUGAAAUCAAAGGGAUGGUUCAAGAAUUGAAUAAAACCAAUGACUUUUUCAGAUUUGUUCGUCUGAUGAGGGAGACGUUUCAGAAGUCCACUUUAUCUGAGGUGCCAACACAUUCAGAACAUCUGCAACAGGAAACCUCUGUCAUAUCUGCUUCAGCUCCAGCUAUAUCAUUUUCCACUGAUACAAACAUUUCAACUCCAGAGAACAGGAGAUCUAAGGUUCAAGUGAAUCGGCGACAGAAAAGAGCUAGCGAUUCACCACUCCUGUCUCCAGUAUCCACGUCUGCCACUCGGCGUUCUUCUCGCCUUAAGGGUAAGAAAUGAAGGUGGAACUCGGUUUUACUCUUCAUAAGAGUCAAGGAAUGAUGAGGGAGUUUUGGAAACUGUUGUCGACAACAAUCCGUUGUUUGAAUUUAUAUUUGACUGUUUUUUUGUAAUCACGCUCACGCACAAUGUUGAUUUCGUUACUAGUGUGGGUGGCUAUGCACAUUCAGCUUGACAAUCAUGGAUUCAAGGGUCACGAUGGUUGCCUCCAUUUUGACA